AGAAAGUUGAGGAACUGUAUUAAUCCAUUUUUUUGUUGUUAUAAUGAACUAUCUGGGGGAUUCAGCUACAGAGGAAUGAAGCCUCCAUGUUUCCUGCCCACCAAAAAGGUGUUGGCCAAGAAGGUUACCAUGUCUGAGAAAAAGCAGCUAGUAACUGGGCUUCUUGAAUAGAAUGAUGAGUUCAAGGAAUUCCCCACUGAAGACUGGGCUGGUUUAGAUGAAGAUGAAGAUGCACAUGUCAGGGAGGAUAACUGCGAUGAUGACAAUGUGGAGGAUGACUUCUCCAAUCAGUUGUGAGCCAAACUGGAGAAACAUGGCUAUAAGAUGGAGACUUCAUAACCUUUAGAAGUGUUGAAGCAACCUAAACUUGAACUGUUGACUAAACUCUAGAAUGGAGAUCCCAGAAUGGAAUAAUUAAAACAUGUCUAUUUCGUUAUCUACUCGGAUUAUUUUUUAAGCAUGCAAAAUAUAAAUGCUUUGAUCUAAUUUUCAAAAAAAAAAAAAUACCUGGGAUGGGUUACUUAAAAAGAAAAGAGGUUUUUGUAGCUCAGAAUUUUGGUGGCUGAAAAGACUAGACAACAUUAUGCAGCUUCUGAUGAGAGCUGCAUAGCAGACAGAAACACAUGAGGGAGGAAGGGAUCACAUAUUGAAAC